CUCAGUGAUGGCGGCUUCGUUUCGUUCUCUCCCUGCAAGCUGUAAUAACAAAUGGUACUACACCCGGCAACAGAUCGACAACAGCCCAUCUCGGCGAGCGGGACUUGAUCCGGACAAGGAGCUGUCCUACAGACAACAGGCGGCGAACCUGCUCCAGGACAUGGGACAGCGGCUCAAUGUGUCCCAACUUACUAUUAAUACAGCCAUUGUGUACAUGCAUCGAUUCUACAUGGUCCAGUCUUUCACCAGAUUUCAUAGAAAUGUUAUUUCUCCUGCUGCCCUUUUCCUCGCUGCAAAGGUUGAGGAGCAGCCCCGAAAGCUGGAACACGUUAUCAAGGUGGCCCAUGCAUGCCUCAAUCCUCAGGAGCCUUCACCAGAUGUACGCAGCGAUGCCUACCUGCAACAAGCCCAAGACCUGGUCAUUCUUGAGAGCAUAAUACUCCAGACCUUGGCUUUUGAAAUCACCAUUGACCAUCCACAUACUCAUGUUGUCAAGUGCACUCAGCUUGUCAGAGUUGUUCCAGCGAGUAAGGAUCUGGCUCAAACAUCUUACUUCAUGGCCACCAACAGUCUGCACUUGACCACGUUCUGCCUGCAGUAUAGUCCCCCGGUUGUGGCUUGCGUGUGCAUCCAUCUUGCCUGCAAGUGGUCCAACUGGGAGAUCCCUGUGUCUACAGACGGCAAACACUGGUGGGAGUAUGUUGAUCCCACAGUUACCCUCGAGCUGCUGGAUGAGCUCACACACGAGUUCCUGCAGAUUCUGGAGAAAACACCCAGCCGGUUGAAACGGAUUCGCAAUUGGAAGGCUGGAGGCCAGACACCGAAAGCCAAGCCAAAAGUCCAGGAGGAGGGCGACCAGAGGGACACCAUGAUGAGCAUGAUCUCUAUGGCGUCAUCAGAGAGCACCGUGGCAGGCUUAAUGAGCCUCUCGGCUCCACCAUCCUCCUCCUCUUCCUCAUCCGUCGGUGACAAAGACAGGGUUGCAUCUGGCAGCGCACCGACUUGGAGUGGAAAAGGACAAGCAGCAUCUGAGCAGCCGCAACAACAGCAACAGCCCAACAGUGAGGUUCACGCACCAGCUAAGGUGUCGCUGAGUGAGUACCGGGCCAAGAAUGCAGAUGUCCUGGCUGCUCAGAAGAGGAAGCUGGAGAACAUGGAGGCCAGCGUGAAAAGGGAUUAUGCCAACGCUGCCCAGGCUCUCAUUGGGCAGCAGCAGAGGAAGGAGAAACAGCAGCAUCAUCACCAGCAGUCCAGCACCUCCUCCUCUGACAUGUCCAACCCAUCGCCCAUUAUUCUGAAAAUCCCCUUAGAGAAGGAGAGGCACGAGAGGACCUCUCUUAAAAUGCGCUUCCCCCUAGCUGGGGGAGGAGGCAGCGGGCACAGUGGCAGCGCCCGUGGCCAGGAACAGGACAUCAAAGUCAGAAUACGAGUGCCUGAGAAGCAAAGGGGGAGUUCAGGAGAGGAGGGCAAGAGCAGGGACAAGCACAGGGAACGAUCUAACCACCAUCACCAUCAUCACCACCACCACCACCAUUCCUCUUCUAGCAGUGCCUCACUCUCCUCUUCUCACAAACAUUCAUCUAGUUCUAGCGGGACUGUAGGAAGCAGCAAAAAAGUCCCUAGCGACUCCUCUAGAACAGGUUCUUCAUCCUCGUCUACAUCACGUAAGAGGACACACUCCCAAGAUCCCACAGCAGGCACUCACCCUCCCUCUAAAGUCAGCAAAUCUUCUAGGAAUCCCUACCAGCUACCGUCCCUGUCUUCCUCCUCUGGGCAAACUCUUGGUCAUGGCUCUGACAUUAUCCCCAAUCUGGGCCUCCCCCACCACCAAGGGAGCUAUCCGCACUCCAAAGGUGACAAGACAGACACUAAUGGGCACGGUGCAGCAGGUGGGGCCCAGUCAAAUGAAUACCAGGACACUUUUGAAAUGCUGAACUCACUUCUGAGCGCACAGGGGGUCCAGCCAUCCCAGCCGUCCAUGUUUGACUACAGAUCCCAGUAUGGGGACUACCGGUACAGUGGUGGCUCCAGAGGGAGCAACCCCAGACCCCCACCCCUCCCUUCAGAACCGCCUCCCCCACUGCCACCAUUACCCAAAUAAGUUCCUCAUCAGGAGGUAAAUUAUGUACAUUGUACUUGACAUCAUGAACAUCCAUCUUGUUACAUAAAGUAUUGUAUAAUGUUUGUUUUUUUAACUCACCUAGCAUUUUUUACAGGCCUCAGUGUGACAGCAGUGAAAUGUACCAGUGAGAUAAAUGAGUUUUCAACCUUUUUCUUUUUACUCGUGGGGCAAUAAUGAGAGGCUUUAAAAGCUGGCAAAAUGUGUGGUGGUGGUGGGGGACACACAUACACACACACACACACACACAUACACACACACACACACACACACACACACAAAAGUGUAAAUAAUAUUUUUUGUGCUUGUUUUACUCAGAUGAAAUGUGAUGAUGGGACCUGGUAUUUUUUGAAUCACUGUUUUGGAGUUUGGAGGAAGUAAUUAUCUUGAAAUCAUGAGGAAACUAAAAGAUUUCCAUCACAUACCUGUUAAGUCUUCUUACUGAUUGUCUUUUAUAAUGUUUUUAUAGUAUGUUAUUUAUUAAUUGAAUGCUUUUAAAGAAAAAAAAACAGUCCCCCCUUUUCUACCUUUUUUAAGGUUUCCCCUCUUUGUUCUUUUCAGAGAGAUAUUUCUUCAUCAAAACUGUACAGGCUAGUUUGACAGUGCAUGUCUCCAAAGCCAUCGUUUCAAUAUUUUUUCUUUUUUUUUCUUUAAAGUUUCCUUUUUUUAACAGCCAUAACUAAAAAAACUAGGUGAUCGCCCACCCCUGGUGUUUAUCUAUUUUAUCUCCUCCAUUAUUUGGUAAACUUGUACAAAGACUGUAAAAUGUUUAAAACAAACAUGAAAUAUUUUUUACAUUUUGUUAUGAAAAAUUGCAAAAAAAGAUGUAAAUUAAGGAAGGUUGUACUGUUUUUUUUUUUUUGUUGUUGUUUUUAGAUUUUGAGUGAUGCAGUCAUUGUUUUAAAUGGUUGUAAAAUAUUCAUAUUCUGUUCUCUAAUGAUCACACUAAUGGACAAAGUUCAUACCAAGGAUAUUCAUCUAUAGUUUAUCAAAAGGGUUCAAAGAGUUCAAACAUAUCUACACGGUAUGGUCACAAUGAAGGAAUUAACAACAUUAAAAAGAAAAAUCCCUCCAGAGAAGAAAUGUGAGUUUUUUAAUCCUGUCAUGUAAUUUGUCACUUGUUCAUCGGUUUCCUCUGGAGGGGGAGUCUUUUUUUUAUGGUGAUCACAGCUAGAAAAUAGACAGAAUAUAUAGAGAAACAUUUUAAGAGAUGCUUGCAUCAGCACUAUCCUGAAACUGUGCCGGUUUUUCUUUGUGGUGACCAUAUCGAUCACAGUCUACAAUAAAAGUAUUCACAAUACACUAUAUCAAAGACUAAACGAACACCAUCUGUCUUGUUUUUUUACGGUUGUCUUUCAUUUAUGCAUUUCCCUAUAGGGAUGUUUUAAAAUGUGUAAAUCCCAGUGUACGUCUGUCAAUUCAUGCUGGUCUGAUUUAAUCAUGUUAAAGCUGUCUUUUGACUUCACAUCUUCGAACACAACAGUCUGAUUGUUUAUAAUCCAUCCGCAAGCCAUGGGUCAUCAAAAAUGUUUGCACGUGUCUUUUAUUUGUAUAAAUCACAACACGGCAAGCAGGUUAUCGACAUACCUCCACGACAGGGUCACGAGCAUGAAGUAUAAUCUCUAAUUAAUUUGAAUUAAUGAUGAAUUUGUGUUUUGAGCAAAGAGGAAGAGGUGCCCUCUGUUGAAUCGGGUAUCAUCUGUACAUUUAAUUCAUACUAAGCUUUAUGUGGUUUUGAUUGUAUAGUAUUACUGCUCUUUACCUGCUUUCUUUUAUCAGUUUGUAAUCAAAAACUCGUGUUUUAGGCAGUCCACAGUAAUGCAGUACAACAAAUCAUUAGCCAUACAAUUGUAAAAUAUUUUUGUUCCCUUGAUUAUAUGGAAGAUAAGCUGAAGAGAGUACAGCUCUUUGCUCAGGCAGCAGAGGUUUUAUUGGUUAUUCAACUUUUAUUGGUUGUAACAGGGAAACAGUAAAUGCACUGAAUAUUUAUCUCAGUAGGUUUGCCUACGAUGCAAUUGACAAAGUGUUACAUGUAUAAUGGUUAGCCUAUUAGAAUAGAUGUCCAAUGUAUCGCCAUUUUGUUUUUGGAAAAUUGUUUUAUUUGAUUUGGACAAAUCUUCCAAUUUAAGUAUUAACUUUUUGCUGUAAUAAAGUCAAAAAGAAGGACAUGCAUUUCAAAAUAAAACCCAUAUGGAAGACACUCAUGCAACCUAACAAUGCAAAGUCACAUAGCUACAAUAAGUUUUCAUGUUUUUUUCAUGUCUUGGUGUUUUAGUGACACUCAGGUCUGGAAAUUAAACGUUUUGGGAUUUUCUUCUGUUUUCUGUUGAAACAUUACAUGUGAACACUGUUCUUUUUGAUAUAAUGUGGUUGCUUUAUUCUCAAUUAAAGUCAAUAAAUAUUUUAAGAAAA